GCUUUCAUUCUGUUUAAAAAUAAUUGAUUUGUUUUGCAAAUUGUGGAAAAAUGUUUCGUAACCAAUAUGAUAGUGAUGUUACCAUAUGGAGCCCCCAGGGUCGUCUACAUCAAGUUGAAUACGCGAUGGAAGCUGUGAAACUUGGAACUGCCACCGUUGGGCUAAAGAGUGCGGAUUAUGCCGUUCUUGUUGCCCUUUGCAAGCCACCAUCCGAACUUUCUACUUCGCAAAGAAAGAUUUUCUCAAUAGACGACCAUCUGGGCAUAUCGAUAGCCGGCAUUACUGCGGACGCUCGGGUACUCAGCAGGUACCUGCGCUCGGAGUGCCUGAGUUAUAAGCACGCUUACGCAGCGUCGUAUCCUGUGUCCCGGUUGAUGACCAACCUGGGUAAUAAAAUGCAAGCAACUACCCAGAGAUAUGACAGACGUCCCUACGGGGUCGGUAUGCUGGUAGCUGGCUACGAUGAUAAGGGGCCGCAUAUCUACCAAGUAAUGCCCUCGGCUAACUCUUUUAGCUGCAAAGCAAUGUCGAUUGGAUCACGCUCGCAAAGCGCGCGUACAUAUCUAGAACGCCAUCUAGCAUCCUUUAAGCAAUGCAGCAAGGAUGAAAUUUUGUGUCACGGAAUUCAGGCAAUACGCGGCUCGUUGCCCAGCGAAGAAGCUGCCAAAAAAGAGGAGUCACUAGCUCAAUUGAAUAUUUGUGUGGCAAUUGUGGGCAAAAACCAGCCCUUCAAGAUUCUAACCGAAGAAGAAAACACCAAGUAUCUGAAUAUGGCUGACGAGCUAGCAGGUUCCGUGAUACAUUUGAAGUCUGAUGACGAUGAUGACCAACCUCCACAAGGAGGCGACGAACCAGCUGAGCCUGGUCCCAGUGAUCCACUCGUCGACGUUCCAAUGGAUCUUCCCUAACUUACACAAAAGCAAAUCAACAAAAUCACAAAUUUACGUCAGACUCGAAGGAAGUGUCUACAUAUCCCGUAUAUCCACACACACCCAAACCAAUAUCCAGCCACACAGACACACUCAAGUUUAAUAAAACAAAAUCCUGCGGCGAUAAUUUACAACACGAUUGUGCGCGGCAAAUUGCUUUGAUUUAAGCGUGCCAACGUGCCAGGACGAGUCGCUCACACACACAACCAUACUCAGGCAGCCACAUAUGAGGAAAAGCGUCGGAAAGGAAAUAAAAACAAGCAGUCAACAUGGUGUAAGGAAAAACCUGCCACAAGAUGCUGCACACAAACAUUGCCACACAUUUGCUACAUCUUUUCACACUUGACUGGCAAGCCAAGGCGAAGGCAAACCAAUUCAACAUCCGUUUGCCGCUAAUUCACACACACACCCCACGCUCACACACAAACACAAACACACACUAAAGCGCCGGCAGUACAGCCAGGCUGCAAGGAUAUAUGAAAUACGCGCAAAUGACGUGUUAGGAAAAUUGUGUGAAAAUUGUUAUAUAUAUUAUAUCCGUACGUACUUGUGUACGAGCGCUUGA